AUGUGUUAUACGAUUACCGAUGCGACACUCAUCGAGACUGGUGAUGUUAGAAGUACUUCUAACCAUUCUAACCAAGAAACAAAAGGAUCAAAUUGGACCGCUUAUGUUAAUGUUGUGUGUCUGAUAGCAGGAUCGGGCACGCUCGGUAUUCCAUACGCGAUUCAACAAGGUGGUUGGAUUUCCCUAGCAGUCUUGUUCCUUUCCGCAACAAUAAGUACUUACGCAAACAUAAAAUUAAUCGAAUGUUUAUAUCAUGAUGGCAAGAUUCGAAAAAAUUCAAUGUCUGACUUGGCAUAUGACGCAUUUGGCAAUAUUGGUUUACGUAUCGUAGGGUUCUUCUUUGCUGCUAUAAGUAUAGGAUGUCCUAUUCUUUAUCUAGUCCUAGCCGGUGAUAGUCUACAACCUUUGUUUGUAAAUAUUGGAAUUGACUUGGGUAUGAAGAAUUGGAUCUACAUUUGUUCUGCUGUUAUGGCUGUGCCCUUUAUAUUUUUAAAAACUAUGAAAGAGGCUGCUUGGUUAAGUGUUUUUGGUGCAUUAACAACUGCACUUGCCGUAUUGGUCGUAUUUAUAACGUCUAUGAUGGAAUUUCCUCAAAAUAUACCCAUUCAACAUGAUUUGGUGAACUUUCGUGACAUACCUCUUGCGAUGGCAACUUUCAGUUUCAGCUAUGCUGGAAAUGUAGUUUUUCCUCAUGUUGAAGCAAGCAUGAAACAUCCACGCUCAUGGUCAAAAGUUUACAUCUUUGCCAUGUGUACUGUCACAAUAAUGUAUCUAUUAAUUGGUAUUCCUGCUUAUAUAACUUAUGGUCAUACGACUCUUUCUCCAAUAUACUUAAACCUCCCGCCGGGUUUUGCUGUGACAACUUCAAUUUUAAUGAUGACAGCUCACGUCUUAUUAGCUUUACCUAUAUAUCAGACUGCUUUUAGUUUAGAAAUAGAAAAUUACAUGGGUAUUAAUAUUACAAAUAUUGGUAAAAUUCGUGAAUUCAUCUAUAGAGUUCUUUUAAGAUUAUUCAUCGUGAUAAUUACAACUUAUUUGGCUGUUACAAUUCCUUAUUUUUCUGAUCUUAUGGCUUUGUUGGGUGCUUCGGGGCGGAAGGAAAAAUGUUGGGUAAUUUUUGCUUUAAUUUUUUCCUUUUAUGGUUUUUUGGUUGGAACAUUUGAUGCAUUGGUUGCAUUGUGGUUGGAUAUUACUGGUGAAAGCGAAA